GACGACAAGACGACAUUGAAGAGCUUCAGAUGUGUGGCAGCACAACUAACGUUAGAGAGACCAAAUAUGGAGACAAGGACAAUACUCAGAGUGAUUGUUCAUGAAAAUGACAUCAGAAAGAUUAUACUUCCUGUCAAACCACAGACCGUUGACUCACUGUUGGAACAGCUUGAAGAAAAGUUGGGACUUCAGUACAAGUUCUCGCUUCAGUUUGAGGAUCCAGACUUCAACAAUUCUCUUGUAAAUCUUACUGACAUGGAAAAGAAGAGGACAACAGCCUCAGAGAAACAUCAAAAGACCCAAAAGGUCUGAAAUAAAUUUUCUGCCUAACUUCCCUGAUGAUGAAGAUGAAACCAGCAUGGAGUCCAAAAGAAAAGAGAUGGUGGAAGACAUGAAAAAACGUCAUCCUAAUGCUUCCCUGAUUGCUAAGAACAUGAAUUCUACAUUUGCAUUACGUAGAAAGGAAUUGAUAGAGACUGAGCCUGGUGUGAAGGAUACAGUGGAAAGGUGGCCAGCUCUCUUUACAGAAAGUCAGAUUUUAGCAGAGUUUAGUCGCAUAUCUGGCAAAAACCUGCAAACGGAAUUCUUUCAAGAACUGGACCAAUUCACUCAACGGUUCAUUGAUAUCUUCAAGACCAAAGGGGGAGACAUUGGAUGUAAACUUAAGAAGAUUCUGCAACAGAUUGAAAAUGAGAAAUCUGACAUCGUUGGGAGGCGAACAGCGGUUCUUCAUGGCCUUCCACUCCUCCUUGGAGAAGAACCGACCGAUUUUUACAAGACAUGUUUUGACUGUGAUGAUGAAGGAGGGAUGUCCGGCAUUUCAAUCGGCAUAUUAUCUGUGAUACCGGAGGACUCUGCAACCAUACCUUACUCGCUGCAUCUUGAUGCCACAUCCACUGCAAUAAUUUUGGAAGGUAGAGUUGUAAUGGAUGAUCUGGGAAACCUUCCCAAAGCAAUGUGCCUGCUUUUUGGGCUUAUUUAUGCUCUGAAUUUAGAGUAUCCUGCUGUUCUGAAGAACACGUUUGAUUUCAUCCAAAGGGUGAUUCUGUCUCUCGGGCACAAGUCUCUCAAACCUAAAAUACAAUCACUGAAAAAUCGCCUGUUGAUGUAACAUUGUUGUGCCAUGAUGGACCAUUUUUCAAUUUGUUCAUGUUAAGUAGCUGGCCUUAGAAUAUAGUUUAGUCUUUAAAAUAACUUUAAGGAAAAGUUGUUCAGUACUAAAAACUGAAGAAUGUUUUGUUUCCUCUUGGAAAACAUGCAGUUUGCUUACGUGUUAAGUGGUUGGUUUUAGAAAAGUUGUUAAACAUUGUAGAACACUGUUUGAAUAUAAAUGGAACUAUCAAACUUGUGCAGUACUAAACUUGUUUACAGAGUUUCCACUGUGUUCUGUAUUUCACCACUGUGUGAGAAAAGAUAAAAAUAUAAAAAAAAGGGAGCAUUGAUUGUAUGUGAUUGUUGUUUGUAAUUGCUGUAUGUGAAAAAUUGCAGCUUGGUAUUGAUUUUAAGGCAUGACUUUGUUUUAACAUUGUUUUAUGGAACAAAUAAAUGUCCCAGUGU